GUCAUUAAACAAUUAAGAGUACCUUACAAGAAUUAAAAAAAUCUUGAACAGUUUCACUUACUCGGUGACACUUGAGCACAUGGCAACCGCCGCCUUCCUCCUCCCCUUCUGCCACUCUACCACCGGAAAACACCGCCGCCAACCCCUGUUUGUUCAGCGUCCGAAUCAUCCGUCGCGCUUUCACGUUUCGUUCCGAUCGUCACGGCCUCAGCUAAUUCGUUACCAGAAGCCGAAGCCAUUGGCUAUAUCGUCGGCUUAUGCUGCCGGCCCCGCUAUUGACGCCUUUGUGUCCGAAAGCGAGCUCAAAUUCGAAGAUUCCGGAGAUAAUUUCGGCCCACCAAAGCCAAUUGAAGUGAUCAAUUGGGGACUCUUAUGGAGGCUUGUUUUCGGCCACAAGAUCCACCUCGCCGCUUCUGUUAUCGCUCUCCUUGGCUGCACCACUUGCACUCUCACCAUGCCUAUCCUAUCUGGACAAUUUUUUGAAGUUCUAAUAGGGAACAGACCUGAUCCUCUCUGGAAAGUUCUCGGUAGAGUGGCUGUUAUGUACUCGCUGGAACCAAUUUUCACUGUGAUUUUUGUUUUAAACAUGAUUACCAUGUGGGAGAAGGUUAUGUCCAGUUUAAGAGCUCAAGUGUUUCAGAGAGUAUUGCUCCAGAAGGUUGAAUUCUUUGAUCGCUACAAGGUUGGCGAACUGACGGCACUACUAACCUCUGAUUUAGGCUCAAUAAAGAAUAUUGUUAGUGAAAAUGUUUCUCGGGAUCGUGGAUUUAGAGCUUUUUCUGAGAUUAUUGGAACAUUGUGCUUAUUGUUUGCCCUGUCGCCUCAAUUGGCUCCAAUUCUUGCUGUAUUGAUGCUUAGCGUGUCGGCUUUAGUUGAAGGGUUAACAACUCAAUGAAAUCCCCCAAGUGGGAUCUGAGGAGGGUGAAGGGUAAAUAGCAACUCAAUGAAAUCUCGCACAAGUGGGAUCAGAGGAGGGUGAGUGUACACAAACCCUACCAUACUUAUUAAAGGUAGAGAAGUUGU